GAUUUUCAAUCUGGAGACUUGGUCUUGAUGCAUAAUACGCAGAUAGAGAAGGCUUUAAAUAGUGAGUUCAGUAUAAUGAACCAGCCAUUCUUAUGUGCUUCAAAGAACAAAUAUUUCCACAUUCUUAUCUUUAUUGUUGGCUAUUGGACAAUUCUCUUGGCUCAAAAACAUAUCACAAUGCUGGUAUGUGAUUAG